CGCAGGAUGAAGGACGCGGUGCUCUGCGGCGCGGGCGGCACACGCGCGGCGGCUCUUUUACGCACGCAGCGUGGACAGCGCGGGGAGCCGAGCGGGACGCACACGCGCGUUUCCACGUUGUGGCUCGAACGGAAUAUAUAACGCAGGAAAGAAAGUCCUGGAAGUUUCCACGAUACUUUCUUUUUUUCUUUUUUUCUUUCUUUCCAUUUUUUUUUUAAAUGCCAUGCACCCGGGUGGGGAUAACUCAAAAAAUGACACGCAAAAAACGCAGAGGAUGAGAAGAUGAGAGGACGCACUUGUUAAAAAAGGUUGUUUCAAAAGCAAGAAAAUUAAAAAGAAAACAAGAACAGCAACAAAGAUGGAGCGCUCCGGUGCGUUUAAACCCAGCCCCGUGCCGUAUGGAGAGCUGCUGAACAUAUCGUCCAACUCCACGGACUCGAAUUACACGGACGAGCCCCGGAGCGUAUUGGCGCAGGCGAGCGCGGCCGUGUUCUUGUCUCUCCUGACGUGCGCGACGGCGCUUUCCAACGCGUUCGUCAUCGCCACCAUCUACCAAUUCCAAAAGCUGCACACUCCAGCAAACCUAUUGAUCGGCUCUUUGGCUGUCACCGACCUUCUCGUGUCAGUGCUGGUGAUGCCCGUAAGCGCUGCGUAUACCAUCAGCCAAACGUGGACGCUGGGCCAGGUGGCUUGUGACCUCUGGCUGUCGUCGGACAUCACGUGCUGUACGGCGUCCAUCCUUCACCUCUGCGUCAUCGCGCUCGACCGCUACUGGGCGAUCACGGACGCGGUGGGGUACUCGGCAAAGCGUACGCGAGGCCGCGCGGCCGCCAUGAUCGCCGCCGCCUGGGUCAUCGCCAUAUCCAUCUCGGUGCCACCCUUUUUCUGGCGCCAGGUCAAGGCGGACGAAGAGGUCACCAGCUGCCACGUGAACCAGGACCACGUCUUCUACACCAUCUACUCCACUUUUGGCGCCUUCUACAUCCCCACUUUGCUCCUGGUGGCCCUUUACGGCAGGAUUUAUGUCGAGGCCCGGAAACGAAUAUUAAAACAGUCCCCCCAUAAACCGGGUAAACGACUAACAUCCGCUCAUUUGAUCACAGACUCACCCGGAUCCGUGGCCUCCACCACGUCGCUCACGUACGGCACGGGGGAAUCGACAUCGUGCGACGGUACAGCCUCGGCUUCAGUGAACAGUCAGGUGAAAGUCACGAUGUCGGAUGCGCUUCUGGAAAAGAAGCGAAUCUCGGCGGCACGGGAAAGGAAGGCGACCAAAACUUUAGGGAUUAUACUCGGGGCGUACAUCGUGUGCUGGUUGCCGUUCUUCAUGUAUACGCUUCUCGUGCCUAUCUGCACCACGUGCACCUUUUACCCUGAGCUGUUCGAACUGUUCACGUGGCUCGGCUACCUGAACUCGCUCAUCAACCCCAUUAUUUACACCAUGUCCAACGAGGACUUCAAACAGGCGUUCCAUAAACUCAUGCGCUUCAACUGUUGUCGAUCUUGAGUACUUUUUUUGCGACGAGAAGAACGACCGGCAAGGAACGCUACGAGAACUGCCGUGUAACGACAGUCGCCAUUUAUCUCCAUAUCACUGCCUACGUGUUAUGGAUGUGGGGAAUGGGGGGGGAUAUCAUAUAUCUACCUAGGGUGCAAGCAAAUCUUUAAACGCAGCCAUCGGAUAGGUAAACAUCUCCGCCGUGAAUGUGAAAGUGUCUCUGUAGCUUUAUUCGUGACAGCAUCUGAGAAAAAUGUACAGAUCAUGAUCUCCUGGGCAUUUGACAUUUCUUUUUCGUAUAAACAAAACCUUAACCUGGAGUGUUUUCUUUUUCAGCAGGUAUACAGUGGUGUGAAAAAAUACCGGGAUGAAUAAAUCUAACACUGUGCUGUAUAGUAACUGGUUUUGAGUUUGGCGUUCCUUGAAACCCCUUAAACAACUCAAAAUAUUAUUUGUCUGCUCAAAUACGUUGAACAUCUAACUUUCCUAUUGUUGGUUCCCGAUGACCAAUGAGGUGAUGAGUAUGAGGGGAUCUCAUCAUAGAGCGAUUCUAAUUCUCCGAAUUCCCGAAAUUGUUCUUAACACUCAAUUUCCCUUGAGUAAUUUUCUUGUACAAGGUUUUAAAAACACACAAAAGUGUAACCAGAAAAAAAAAAAGAGUGGUUAAGAUGUUGGACUUCUCAGGUUGUGAGUUUUAAAUCCCAGCACCUCUCAGCUAUUGGUCCCUUGAGCAAAGCCCUGAACCCUCAACUGCUCAUUUGUGUAAAUUGUGUAGAUUGUUGCUCUGGAUAAAGGCGUCUGCCAAAUACCUUUCGAUGUGAAUGUAACGUUGAACUGUUCACUGAUUGAGGUUUCACUCCAUUGUUUGCUUCAAAAACCAUUAUUCAGUUCACUUUCAACAUUGGUCUCAAAGAAGCUUUACUGCCAUAAAUAGAUUACAAAUAUACAUUUUAUAUAAAUGAAUUUGUAUAAAUGUAUACCCAAUAACCAAACCAGUGGAGAGGAGUGGUAGCUUAGUAGUUAAGGCUAUUGGUUACUGAUCAGAAGGCCGGGGGUUCAAGCCCCGGUUUCGCCAAGCUGCCACUCUUAGGCCCUUAAGCAAGGCCCUUAAC